CAGAUCGAUCAGAACACCCAGCAAUACAACAUGUCUUUCCGGGGCCGUGGUACGGGCGCCAAUCGUGGCGGUAGCUUUGGUGGUCGCGGUGGUCGCGGAGGCUUUCAGCAGCCUGUCGGACCCCCGGCGCAGGUUUUGGAGAUGGGAACUGUCAUGCAUGCUUGCGAAGGCGAGAUGGUUUGCGAAUCGAUCAACCCCAAGAUUCCCUACUUCAACGCCCCCAUCUACCUCGAGAACAAAACCCCUAUUGGUAAGGUCGAUGAGGUUCUUGGCCCCAUCAACCAGGUCUACUUCACCGUGAAGCCUCAGGAAGGCAUUGUCGCGACUUCGUUCAAGGCUGGUGACAAGGUCUACAUCGGCGGCGACAAGCUUCUUCCCUUGGAGAAGUAUGUUCCUUCCCAAGCCCAAGCCCCCACCGGGAGCUGCCAAGCCCAAGAGAGCCGGCGGUGCUGGUCGUGGUGGUGCUGGUGGUCGCGGUGGCCGUGGUGGCUUCGCUCCCAGAGGUCGUGGUGGUCCUCGCGGUGGUGGUUUCGGUGGUGGCAGCGGUGGGUUCCGACGAUAGACAGUGUCUGUCUGACCUAAAGUACUGUCUUAUUACGGCGUUAUGGGAAAACGGGAGCUUCUUGCAGGAAUUUAUUUGUCUCGAUAUUCUUGUGCAUCCUCGGAAAAUUGCUGCUUGUCAAAGUGCAGAGGCUGUGAGCACAAUGCAGCCAUUAGACCCAUGUAUUGCAAUGAUUAUACCUGUUAAUUCUACCUUGGUUUCCCCUGCGACGC